UCAUCGCGACCUCCGCCUGCUCGUGUCCUGUUAACGCGCGGUGUUCUCCCGCUCCCCAGAUCUUCUCCCGGGACACGAGCGAGCGUCUCAUCCAAGCUUUCCUCGUGGUGCUCUUCAGCGAUGCUGGCGGAGGGUCGACAUCACGACCUGUCCGACACCUGCUCCUCAUGGAAGCAGUCCACGUCCAAAGACCUGAGCAGCGAGCGGUGCUGCGGGCGAGUGGCCAGCCAGAGGAGCUUCCCUCUUGGUCUGGACGUGAAGCUGGAGCUGGUGUGGGAGGACUGGGACCUGGGCAAGGACUUCACCAAGACGCUGGUGGUGAAGAACGUGCACAGGAAGCUCCAGCGGCUGCAGCUCAGGCCUCCGGAGUCCAAGUUCUUCACCGUGUCCACUCCCUUGUGGAUCACGCUCAGCACCGGGACGUCCUGCUCGGUGCCCAUCACCUUCAGACCCAUCCAGAGGUGCGAGUACGAGGACAGCAUCGAGCUGCAGAAUAAAGAGGACGCGCUGGUGGUUCGCCUCCGCGCCAUCAUCCCGCAGCCGGCCGUCGACGUGCCGCGCUCCGUGUGGCUGCCUCUCUGCGCCGUCCAGGAGAGCACCAGCGCCACCUUUCUGCUGAGGAACACCAGUAAGCUGUGCACGCAGUUCCAGUGGGAGUGUCCCGCUCCUUUUCGGCUGUGUCCGCAGCAGGGGGCGCUGAAACCAGGCCAGCGCUGCGAGAUCAGCGUGCAGUUCCGGCCGCAGCAGGCGCUGGUGCACCAGCAGCAAGCCUGCUGCCGCUUUGGCCGAGAGGGAGGCAAGAGGUUCACCAACAGCUGCUCGGUGCUGCUGCAGGGCCUCGCCAAGUAUCCCUGUCUGCUGCUGCAACUCCCCGGUGGAGAGGGCGCUCUGCCGGUGCUGGACUUCGGCCUGGUGCCGGCUGGACAGCGGGUUCAGCAGAGCUUCACGGUCAUGAACCCGUCUCCGGUGACCGCCACGCUGACCCUGUCCCGCCUGCCCGGGGGACCCCCUCUGCUGGGGGCGGAGUUCACCUGUAACGUGAUGAAGGGGACGGUGGCGGCGGGUGAGGCGCAGAGCAUCACCGUCACCUUCGCGCCCGUCGUCGCUGACACGGUUUCUGUGGAGAACGUGGUGAUCCGGUGCCGCGGCGCCCUCAACAACACGGUGCUGCAGCUGACUGGCCAGUGCAUUGGCCCCGCCGUCUCCAUCUCCACCACGGUGGUGAACUUCGGCCGCGUGAAGCUGGGCCAGACGGGCAGUCAGCAGGUGGAGCUGCUCAACUCCUCGUCUGUGGAGGCCCUCUUCAGCUGGGACCUGGACUGCUGCGGCCACAGCGUGUUCAGCAUCCAGCCACCGUGCGGCGCCGUCCCACCCCGGGGCCGGACGCUGCUGAGGGUGUGCUACAAGCCCACGCAGCCCAUCGUCCACUACAGGAGGGUGACCUGCUUCCUGCUGUACCGGGAGGCGCUGGAGCUGGACAUCAUGGGCACCUGUCACUCAGAGCUCCACCAGCCGGCCGUGCUCAAACCGGAGCACUUGGUUCUCUACAGUAUCCAGCAGCACAAAAAGCUGUGUCCCGCCCGCAGGAAGAAGCAGCCUGAGCAGCUGAGCGCCGCGGCCGACUCCUCCCCGGAGAAGAGCUCGCCCUCAGGAUGGUCCCCUGAGGUGUCUGGGACUCCCAGCGAGCUGCUGUUCAACCAUCAGCUGAGCCCAGCCUCCCCCAGAUCUGCCGCCUCUCAGGCCGUGAGCAUCACCAACCACACGCGGGUGACGCUCAGCCUGGUGUGGACCAUCGCCGUGGACUCGCCCUUCUCUGUCCACCCCGCCACCGGAGAACUGGCCCCGCUGAAGUCCACCUCCUUCAGGGUCAAGUACGAGCCCAAGCAGCUCAACACCCUUCAUGGAGGGCAGCUGGAGUGCUACGCCUUUGAGAAGCAAGAGUUUGACCAUGUGAAGGAGCGGCUGCUGAGUCCACCUCGGUACUUCAUCCUGCGAGUCAUCGGCCACUCCUUCCAGCCUGGGAAGGAGCACUUUGUCCCCAAGUGUUCCCUGGAUCCCUCUCAAGUGAUGUUCGCCGGCCUGGGCUACUCCACUCACUCGGUGCUGCUGAGGAACUUCAGCGACCUGCCGCUCACCUACUCCUGGAGCUGCCAGCUGAGCUCGGAGCCCAGCCUGGCCUCCGCCGUGACGGUUCUGCCCAGCUGCGGCUGGAUCCGGCCCGGGGGGCUGCACAUCCUGACGCUGGGAACCACUCCCACCGAGGCCUGCCCCAAGCAGGGCUUCCACAUGACCCUGCAGCUCAAUUCAUCCCAGGUCCACCAGAAGGUGUUGGUGGUCAGCACGGUGGAGAAGCCUGCUGUGGAGGCCGAGUCCUGCUUGUACUUCAAACCCACCAUGUUGGGCUCCACCUCUCAGCGAGCCCACCACAUCAGGAACACCUGCCGCUUUCCCCUCAGGUUCCAGUGGAGCGUCCCGGAGGCGGACCAGGAGGUUUUCUUCGUUCAGCCCGAAACUGGUGAACUGCAGCCCAACCAGAGCCUGGCGCAGGCGUGGACCUUCAGCCCUCAGGCUGAGGAAACCUACAUGGCCAAACCAUCCCUCAGCUUCUGGCCGGUGCAGACUCCAGGGUCCAACAAGUCUCAGAUGAGCCUGAGCGUGGUGGGAGUGGGCGCCGUGGGCUUGCUGACGGCUGAGCGUGCCGUGGUGGACGUGGCCGAGACUCUGGUGGGAAGCUACAGGUCCAUUGAGAUUCCUCUGGUCAACAGGAGCCUCUGUCCCGUGACCUUCAGCCUCUGUGUCAGUCAGAUUCUUCCCGAUGAGCAGCCGGCUAAACCUGGGCCAAAAGCUCUGCUUCUGGACUGCACCAGCCGGACCGUUGCCUCCCACACCACCCUGGUGGUGCAGGCCACCUUCAGGCCCCACAAACAGGCCCAGUUCUUGUGGACCAUCAGCUAUCAGACGCUGAACGCGAGCGGCCAGGCGUCCUCUCCUCCUCGGAUGGCGUGCGAGGUGCGAGCGGAGGGCGUCUACGCCACUCUGCAGGUGAUCGACGCCCGUGGCGGCGGCAGCGCCGGCAGGUUCAGCAGGGGCCAGCUGUGGAAGCUGCUGCUGCUGGACGACUUCAACGACAAGCUGGUCAGCAGCUCCACGGCUCUGUCAGGACCCACCUCCCCUCAGAGUCGCACCUCCUGCGCCACCAUAGUCAACAGAACCAUGCUGGACUUCAAGUUCGUGGCGGCUCCAGUCAACUCCGACCCCUCCACCUUUGUGCUGAAGUUCUACAACCCGGGCUGCAUCCCCGUGGACUGGUCCUUCCUGCUGCCCGAGGACCAGCACAUCGAGCUGGAGUACUGGGCGGAGACGGGAGAGUUCAGCGACAGCGAGCUGCACCAGAUGAAGGCCGAGUCCAACCAUCUCUUCAACAUCUCCCCUCGCUCGGGCGUGUUGCAGCCCGGCCAGCAGAGCGCCGUGCAGUUCAGCUACAGGCACCAGUUUGUCGGGACCAAUCACCUUCCCAUCACGUUCAAACUCUCGCACGACAAAGAGAUUUGGCUCAACUUCCUGGGCCUGACGCUGGAGAACAACCGGCCCUUCCUGCAGUUCAACACCAAGCACCACGUCUUCACGGCGGUCGCCGUCAGUGAGCUGAUGCCCCCGCUGCAGGUGUAUGAGAUCUACAACGCAGGGGCGGUGCCGGUCCAGUAUGAAGUGGACCAGGCUUCGCUGUCUCAGCUGCAGGAGGACAACUUCAACCACCCAGUGCUGUCCUGCCUCAAUCCCAGAGGCCAGAUCUUGCCCGGCGCUCUCGCCUCGCUGGAGUUCAUCUUCUCUCCAUUUGAGCUGAAGACCUACCUGAUGGACAUCCCCAUCCACGUUGAAGGCGGGGACUCCACCACCGUGCGCUUUGAAGGCCAGGGGCUCCACACGCCGGUCCAGGCCUCCACCAACCAGUUCCUCUACAAGGACGUCCCCAGGAUCCCCUUCCCUGAAGAAGUGGUCUUCCUGUCGGAGAACGUGCUGGCCCUGGGCGACGUCACCGUGGGCUCGCAAACCUCCAACAUCAUCUUCCUCACCAACAGGUCCGACAAGGAGUCGGUCCACUUUGUCUGGGACCUGAGUCAGCAGGGCAGCCACCAGGUGGUGCAGAUCUAUCCUGAGGAGGGCAGCCUGAGUCCAGGGGAGUGCGUGCCCACCUUCCUCACCAUCACCUUCACCCAGUACCCCACCAUCUACCAGAUAGACAUCCUGUGCAAGCUGACCUCGGAGGCGGCGCUCACCGAGUACUACACCGCUUGCCAGCGCUGGAAGCGGGAGGCGGAGAGGAAGCAGUUUGAGUUCACCAUCACUGACAAGGAUCUGGUGGAGAAGCCCAGAGAUGUGGAGGGUCGUCCCCAGCCUCCUGGGAAGGGCCCCGCGCUGAGGAGGUACAAGGCCCUUCCACCGAUCGCGCCCAGCACCGGUGACACCGCGGCGUGUUGCUCCAUCGUGGCCGAGCGGAAGCUGCUGCGCCGCCAUGUUGAAGUGCAGAAGCAGCCUGAGGGUCCCAAGUCUCUGCUGCUGCACCUGGCCGUGACGGCCACCUCGCACAAGCCGCCGCCCGAGGCUCACACCCCCGACCACCUGCACAAGAUGCACUACCAGAUCCUGGACGCCGGCUCGCCCGACGUGUGGGACGAGCUGGCGCAUGUGCCGGACAUUGACGUGCUGAGUCACGUUCUCACCACCAUCCUCAGGGACGUGGUGGAAGAGGAAGACUUUGCCGAGUCCUUGAUCAGCCUGAAGUCCAGGUCGGACGUCCUGAGACCCGAGGCCUCUGACCACGCCCUCCUGUCUUCCUUUGCGCCGCAACCCUCCGCUCAGUCCGUGGAGACCCCCGAGAAGCCGCUGGGCCCGGUGGACCUGGUGGAGAACGCCAUCGCUCGCAAGGUUCCUGAGGUGCCCCUGGACAUCUGUGAGGACAUCCUGAUGAACACCAUCCAGAACCUUCUGACCGAGGCUGCCAGAGGAGACUUCGAACUCACCUCUGAACCCCUGACUGUUUUCCUGCCCCCGUUUUCCUGCCGGUGACUGACACCUGAAGCCUUGGGCUUCUCCGGGCCCCGGCUGCAGGUCCAGGAAGUGGACCCUCUCAGACACAAUGAACGAGGAGACCAAGUAGAAAAAAUACUUUUAUGCUCAACAUGGCUUCUGUGCCACAGCACCACACACGUGUUGUUAGGCCACUGUCUGAAGGUGGCUUCACCUGACCACGUUCCUCCCAAAGGUGCUCCUACGCCGUGUCUUGUAGCAGCUUGACCUUCCGUCAUGACUGAAACGGAGCCUUCAGCCAGGUCUGUGAAGAGCACCUGAGUCUUCAUCAGCCAAUUCUCUGAUUAUGCUGCGAGAAGCACUUCAGCGUCUUCAACGGCUGAAGCUGCAGAGUCAUCGACGGAACUUGUUGAUGGUGGGAAAUAUCUUGCUGUGGAGGUACUGGACUCUUUCUUCUGGCCUGCGCAGCCUCUCCACUUCAGUGUAGGGAAUCUGCCGGACGACAAAAGCCACGGUGUUUACAGAGCUGCGAGCGGCUUCCUCUUCUGAAGGUGGCCCCGGGCGCCACACGUCACCUGGGAGCAGGUGUUUCUGUCAUGAACGAAGAGUAAAAUUCUGUGCCUUCAACUUGACUUGGAUUCAAGCGUGACGUGUCAGAGCUCAUGACCUCACUGGCCUGGUGUGACCUGCCUCCAGCAGCUGGAGCUAGCAGUGAAAACCUCCCUCCUCACUGCAACACCUCCGGCUCCUUGGCUACCACCAUCCCUGGGCCAUCCUGCAGGGUGACAUCCUGCAGAAGCACCCGGCCGGUCUGGAGGCUGAAGCUCCCAACAGAAGACGGAGCUCGGACCCACCUGCACCACCUCGUAGCCCGUCCGCCGCAGGUGCCUCCUCUUGGUGGCCUCUUUGCCCAGCAGGUGCAGAGUGUUGCUGCAGAAGUGCUUCUCUCCGUCCAGACACAGCGCCACCCUGGAGGGGGCAGAGGUCAGGCUCCGGCCCGCAGAGCAGGGUCCCCUGGUGUGUCAUGUGACCUACCGUCUGUGGGCCUGCUGCCACUGGGAGCGCGGCAGAACGUACCCCCUCUCAUCCAAACAGAGCUCCACAUCUGGACAGCAGGAGGCCGGCGUGAGAACAAGGAGAGGCGGGGCCAGGACUGAACUCACCGAUGGUGUAGCCGCAGGGCGUCAAGCGCUCGGCGAGGAAGCACCUCCCACCCAGCAGCUCGGUCAGCGGCGCCCUCACUUGCCGGUACAGCAUGACGUCCAGGGGCGUCUCCAAGGCCUCGUCCACGGAGGAGAAGCUCCUGGUGUGGAGGGCGGGGGGCAGGCGGGGGCCCUGCGGGGCAGACAGCAUCAGAGCUGGGCUCAGGAGAGCGGCUCUGGAGACAGCAGCACGUACCCAGUAGCCGGUGCACUCCAGGGCGGCGGAGAGGUGCAGCUGCGUCAGCUGGGCCAGAGCCGUCCUGUCCAGAGCUGCUCCUGUCACUGACACCCACCAGAACACGCCUCGUCACUAAGCAGUGAGCCCCGGAGACGGCCACGUGUCCUCACCUCUCUGCAGGAAGUACGGGCUGAAGACCUUGGCCAGGUGGUUGAGGGGGAAGCGCUGCAGGUGGAUGCAGGCGUGCAGCACCUGGAUCAGGGAGGCCGGCUGGAAGUGGGAGGAGCGCGAGGACAGGAUGCUCUCCAGCUUCCCGAACAUCUGGCCGGAGCACUGAGCCCAGAGAGAGAGAGCAGUCAGCACGGGCAGGCGUCAGGAAGCCGGCCGCCUCCUCACCUGAGGCAGGUAGUUGAGUCGCCCCAUGGCCGCCACCUGCGCGGCCACCUGCUCGCUGCUGUGCGUGUCGGCGCUCCGCACAAAGUUCUGGGCCACGGCCUCCAGGAUGGGCUCGGAGCGACACCUCGUCUGCAUGCAGAACUGCAUGACGGCGCUGAUCAGCUCCGGGUCGCUGUCCCGCAGCCUGCCUGUGGAGACGCAGCUGCCUCACACACCAGGGUCUGUCCUGCUCCAUCCUUCCCUGACUGUCCCCUCACCCUGGACCCUACCUGGCAGGUGGUACUCCAGCGCGUCCAGCAGGACCUGGUCAUGUUGGCCCAGGUCCAUCAGCACAGACAGAACCUUCCUCAGAUCUGAGUCGCUGAAGGACUUAAGGUUCCACGCGGCCCUGCGGCUCAGCUUGUGCACCAGUGGCGUGACCUGUGGACAAGAACCAGUCAGUCCUGACCAAGUGAGGGAGCGCGGGAUCUGCCUGCGCGUGCUGUGGUGUUAGCGCCAUCUUCUGGAUGAGCAACAUGAUUUCAUGCUGAGCUCGACGUCACUUUCCAGCCUCCUUCGAUGACCGUCUUCCUCUCGAACACAACUGAUGAGAAACUUCUGUUUGGAGAGUCACCAUUUCAAAGGGACCUUCAAAGCUGUUUGACUUACUCCUCAGAACUACUGUAGGAGGAAGGUCCCUGGUCGAGUGACUGUGGUGACUGUGGCUGCAGCACCUUAGAAGUGCCAUCCAUGCUUGAAAUGCAUUUUAUAUGAUUCAAAUGAUCAUUUAUAAUAUAUUAACUAUGAAUAUUCAUUGGAAAUUGAUGUUUAGAUAUUUGCCUCAGUCACAAAUGCAGCAACAACAUUUCCAUCGGAGGAAAAAAGUCACCAGAAGAAAACGUGUUUUAAACACAUGAUUUAACAUGAGGGACAUUUCCCCCAGUUAUUAUAGUCUUUUCGUCCUAAUAAAUGAGGAAACA